AUGAGAGGGAAGAGGAGGCAGUGGUUUCCAGUUGGAAUGGUCCGUCCACCACACGCUCUCUCCAGCUCCUUCAUAUCCGUUACUCUGCACUCAGAGAUGUCCGCUGGCUGCAGACAGCCCUCCGGAAGGACGAGACAAACCACUAACUCUGUUGAGUCUUUGCCAAUGUCAGUGAAGGAGAAGAGAGACCACACAGAGAAAUGUUUUUACAGCAGUGCUCAGCUGGUCCUGUUGUCCGUCUGCUUCUCAGUCUUUCUGCUGCUGGACACUGACUGCACUGAAGCCUCGCUCUAUCACAUGAAAGGCGUCUGUUCUCAUAAAAACAAGUUCUUCAAACCUGGAGACACUUUCAGGCGCGGCUGUGACAAAUGCUACUGCCACGAGUUUGGAGCCUAUUGCAUCACUCAAAUGAAACCCACUUCUUGGCCCAACAAAUGCCACCGUGUCAGGACGAAGUGUGGCUACAGAGUGGUCUACAAGGAGAAGCCUCUGUCGGAGUGCAGGGCCUACAGCUGGAUUGGAUGA